AUGCCCUGUGUCCAAGCCCAGUGCGCCUCCCUCCCCCACGACCUCUCCUCCAUGUCCACUCCUCCCUCUGAGCUCUUCACCCCAGACCCCUGCUCCAGACUCCCCAUGGAGGACUCCUCGUCUCUGCCUGCCAUCAGCACCCUGGUGGGGAGCGCGUACGUGGGCGACUUCGACACCACCACUUACUCCUGCAAGAUCACCACCUCCCCCGCCACCUCCUUCAGCCCGUCCGUCUCCAGCCAGGCCUUCAAACUGGACGAUUUCCAGGUUUACGGAUGUUACCCCGGCUCCUUCGCGCUGCUGGACGAGACCCUGGCGUCUUCAGAUUAUUAUGGAAGUGCGGUUUACGCGGCCGGGUCGUCUCCCAACUUUCAGAACCAGCCCACACCCGUCUGGGACCCCCCCUUUACGCCGUGUCAGCCGGACAAAACGCAACAGCUAUCGAUGUUUUCAUUCAGUUCGCAGCCAGAGGAGGAGUAUUUCUUGUCUUCAGAGCAGCAGCAGCAGAAUAUGGUGUCGAUGCAUGGAUCCCACCUGUCCCAGGACCCGGCUGUGGACUGUCCCAGGUACCAGAUUUCCUGCUUUUGUUUUCUGCGCAUGUGA